AUGAACGGCGUAGGGGAGGCUUGCACCGACAUGAAGCGUGAGUACGACCAGUGCUUCAAUCGCUGGUUUGCCGAGAAAUUCCUCAAGGGGGACUGCUCCGGGGACCCCUGCACCAACCUCUUCAAGCGCUACCAGCAGUGUGUUCAGAAAGCAAUAAAGGGGAAGGAGAUUCCUAUUGAAGGACUGGAGUUCAUGGGCCAUGGCAAAGAAAAGCCUGAAAGCUCUUCUUGACCUUGACAGUCACCUUGAAAAUGGACUCCUCAAAUUGGGAAAUUGAGGACUCUGGAUCGUGUCAGUUAAAGCUGUGAAGACAGCAUCCAUUUGAUGAAU